AUGAGAAGAGGAAGAACCUUCACGCAGGCACUCGUAAUGCUGUGCUCCGUCCUGACUCCGACGUUUCUGAUCACUGCCACGACCAUGCUCGGCCCCAAAUUUGUCUGGCCUUUUGUCUCGGCAGCAACCCGGGCUGUCUUAAUCGUCCAAACAACCCUUGCCGUACUCACCAGUCUCUACUUCGCCUUCACAAUGGCACCGGCCCUCUAUCACAGGUCGCGCCGCCUCUUGUGCCGUCUCGGGUCCCGCAUUAGGUCCUCGCUGGUUUCGUUGAUGCUUGCUCGCCGCGUUCAAUCUUGGCCGUGUUUGGUGACACUUUUCCGCUUCUACGCUUCCGUUGUUGGAUACUCCUCCGCGGAGUCAUGGGAUCCUCAACUCUGUGUUAGUCCCACGAGCGUCGGAUCUACCGAAGGGGGUGCUCCCUUCACCAUCCUCGGCCGCCCGGGUUCGUCAGUGCGGACGAUGCGACUGUACCGCAACAGUGGAAGAGUUAGAUACAUUCGUGGGCUUGUCGUCGUUUUUUCCGACGGAACCGAGAUGCAAGCCGGCGUCCGCAAGGACGAGUUUUCCGAGUUCACCUUAUCCGACGACGAACUAAUCACCGGCAUGACAUUGUGGGCUUACUAUCCCUCAUCUAAGACGUUCUUCUCUUUUUGGCGGAAGGCCACCGACGCCUCCGCCGUACGCGUCGGCCGAAUCAGCAUCACCACCAGCCAACGCUCCUGGGGUUACGGGAUGGACGGCACAGCCAGGCUCUCCAGCAAGGAGGUAAACGUGGGCUCUGGCCUUCUGGUUGGGUUCAAGGGGAGGGCAGGGAACGAUAAUAUGGACCAGAUCGGCCCGAUCUUUCUCAAGCCGUUGUCGACUUCUGUCGUCGAAAAUAUCGUUUUCGAACAAACCCCCGACCCCGACGGUCUCCGAUUGACAACUCUGAGAGAGGGCAGCGCGGUCUGGAACGGAACCGACUACACUUGGAACUUUUCGGGCAUCGAUAUCCGCGACGCGUCAACAACCUUUUCGGCCGGAUUCAACAGCGCCUUCUCGGUAUCGCCGACGUUCACGGCAUCGCUCCCCCGCGUCCUCGACACGGGAUUUGGCGCCACUUGGGGCCAGGGGACCACGCAAAACUAUGACCAGCAUUCGGGAAGCGCGACCCAGUUGAGUUGGAGUACCACCAUUGCCAUGAGCGCCGAUAACCCCGCCGUCUCCUGCUUGGCCAUGGUAUGGGAAGGGCGUGUCAACCUCCGCUGGUCCGGCGUCCAGACAGUCAUGGCGGAUGGCGUAACAGCUUCUUUCCCAACGUCGGGUAUGCUUAGUCACGUAACUUACGGCAAGGAUUGA